AGAGGGAUUCUUAGCUCCAGUUUGCCCCACUCUACCCUUGUUCCUUUGCUCCCAUCCAGGAAACCAUCAUGUCUUGCUGUUCCUACCGAGUGAGCUCUGGUCACCGGGUGGGCAACUUCAGCUCCUGCUCAGCAGUGACACCACAGAACCUGAAUUGCUUCCGGGCCAGCUCUGUCGCCUGCAGAAGUGGGCCAGGAUUCCGGGGCCUGGGUGCCUUUGGUAGUCGGAGUGUCACCACCUUUGGAUCAUACUCACCCCGAAUAGCUGUAGGCCCUCGUCCCAUCCGCUGUGGAGUUGGCUGCGGUGCUAGCAAUAGGGUGGCCUUUGGCUUUGGUGAUAGAAGUUGUAUCGGUUUAGGUUUUGGUGUCGGCAGUGGUGUUGGUCUGGGGUUUGGAGCUGGCAGUGGCCUUGGCUAUGGCUCCAGCGGUCCAGGCUUUGGCUACCGAGCUGGAGGAGUUGGAGUCCCAGCAGCCCCAUCUAUCACAGCUGUGACUGUUAACUCAAGCCUGCUGACCCCUCUCAACCUGGAGAUUGACCCCAAUGCCCAGAAAGUGAAGAAGGAUGAGAAGGAGCAAAUCAAGACCCUCAACAACAAAUUUGCUUCCUUCAUUGACAAGGUGAGGUUCCUAGAGCAACAAAAUAAGCUCCUGGAGACCAAGUGGAGCUUCCUCCAAGAGCAGAAGUGCACCAGAAGCAACCUGGAGCCCCUCUUUGAUAACUACGUCAACAACCUGCGGAAGCAGCUGGACGCAGCAGCCAGUGACCGGGCCCGGUUAGAGGCUGAGAGGAACCACAUGCAGGAUGUCCUUGAGAACUUCAAGAAGAAGUAUGAAGAAGAGGUGAGCUUCCGGGCCAAUGCUGAGAAUGAGUUCGUGGCUCUGAAGAAGGAUGUGGAUACAGCUUUCUUGAAUAAGUCUGACCUGGAGGUUAAUGUGGACACUCUCACUCAGGAAAUUGAUUUCCUGAAAAUCCUGUACAUGGAGGAGAUCCAGUUGCUGCAGUCACACAUCUCAGAGACAUCAGUCAUUGUGAAGAUGGACAACAGCCGGAACCUGGACCUCAAUGGGAUCAUUGCCGAUAUCAAGGCCCAGUAUGAGGAGAUCGCCAGGCGUAGCCGGGCUGAUGCUGAGGCCUGGUACCAGACCAAGUAUGAAGAGAUGCAGGUGACAGCCAGCCAGCACUGUGACAAUUUGCGCAACACACGGGAUGAGAUCAAUGAGCUGACCCGCCUGAUCCAGAGGCUGAAGACGGAGAUCGAGCAUGCCAAGGCUCAGCGUGCCAAGCUGGAGGCCGCAGUGGCCGAGGCAGAGCAGCAGGGUGAGACAGCCCUCACUGAUGCCAAGUGCAAGCUGGCUGAGCUGGAGGCCGCCCUGCAGCAAGCCAAGCAGGACAUGGCGCGGCAGCUGCGUGAGUACCAGGAGCUGAUGAACGUCAAGCUGGCCCUGGACAUUGAGAUCGCCACCUACAGACAGCUGCUGGAGGGCGAGGAGAGCCGGAUUUGCGAAGGUGUUGGACCAGUGAACAUAUCUGUAAGCAGCUCCCGAGGAGGCGUGGUGUGUGGCCCCGAGCUCUUUGUCUCCAGCUCCGCCCUCUCCCGCGGCGGGGUCACCUUUUCUGGCGGUAGCAGCAGCCUCCGAGCCCUCGGAGGGGUCCUGACUUCCGGCGGCUCCUGUGGCUCUAACUUAGGCGGGGCCCGGGGGAUAGUGGCCAGCGGCGACCUGCUGGGAGGCGGCACCAGGGCGGGCUCAGUGCUCAUGGGCGAAGCCUGCGCCCCUAGUGUUCCCUGCCUCCUGCCAACCGAGGGGGGCUUCAGCAGUUGCAGCGGCGGCCGUGGAAGCCGCGGUUCGAAUGUCCGCUUUGUGUCCAGCACCACAUCCCGCCGGACCAAGUACUGA